AUGGGCUUAUCACAUCACCAUACUUUACGAUUCCUGAAGCAAUUGGCCUACGACGAGCAAGGGACUUAUCCUGAGGUAUCUGUGGUGCUACAGCAAGAUUUCUAUGUAGAUGAGGUAAUGACCGGACGAGAUGACAUUACUGCCACAAUCAAGCUACACCAGGAGCUGCUACACUUGCUCACCCGAGGUGGGUUUGAAUUACGUAAGUGGGCCACCAACUGUGAAGCAGUUUUAACGCACAUUCCUACAGCACUAAGAGCCACUCAACUAACGCUGAUCGACCACAUGGAUCCAUCAAUCAAAAUAUUGGGUAUAUCGUGGAAUGCUCAACGAGAUACGUUCUCAUUUCAUGUUGAAUCUUCCAAGAUCAUUAUACAACACCUGUGGAAGAACAAGUUUGAUUGGGACGACCCGCUGCCUGACACACUGAUCAAAUGGUGGUCGGAUCAUCGAUCUUCCUACAGUGCUCUUCGUUCCUUUGAAUUACCGCGGCAUUGCAAUGACGAACACACUCAGGUAACCACAUAUAGUCUGCACGGUUACAGUGACGGUUUGGAACAAGCUUAUGCUGCUGCUCUUUACCUAGUGUCAGUGUUUCCUGACGGCGAAUCAUCAUCACAUUCAGUUCUGUCUAAGACCAGAGUUGCACCUCUUAAGACCCAAUCAAUACCAAGGCUUGAGUUGUGUGGUGCUACGUUGUUAGCAUCCUUGACCAAACACCUAUUAGAGGCACUGUCAACAAUCAACAUUGAAUUAGUCAACCUGUGGACGGAUUUUACCAUCACCCUACAGUGGAUUCAGAGUGAUCCACACCGGUGGACCACAUUUGUAUCCAAUCGAGACAAUCCUGCGGACCUGGCCUCCAAGGGCCUGUCAGGUGAUCAACUCAUUACGAAUGCCUUGUGGUGGCAUGGUCCACCAUGGCUAUUACCCCCCAAUCCAUGGCCACAGUCUACGUUUGAAUGUGAGGAUCCUAAUCAAACUCUCCAAGAGGAAUGUAAGCCACAGGUAACACAUGUGACCACAGAAGCUGACGCGUUGAACUCCAACUUUCUAGCUAAGUAUUCGGAUUUGAGUAAGUUAUUGCACGUCACUUGUUACAUUUUACAUUUCUAUCACAACUGGCAAAAACCUGUAGCUCUUCGUUUAACUGGAUUACCAACUUUGUGUGAAUGGCGAUCAGCCAACUUAAAAUGGAUCCGGUUAAUACAACGCGUUGGUGGUCGUUUCACUCAGCCCAGUUUACCUUAUGACAUGAGGCAUCCAAUUCUCUUACCAAAGGCACAUCUGUAUACAACUAUGGUAAUACGCUCCAUCCACCUUCUCCACCAGCAUGCUGGUCUCAAUGUCACUAUGUCUCUGGUGUGGCAGAAGUAUUGGGUUGUACACGGGCGCAGCAUCAUCGGAAAGGUUUUUCAUGAUUGUGUUAAGUGUUGCAGAUUUCGACAAGUCAAAACCCACCAACUCAUGGCUGACUUACCGGCUUUUAGAGUUAAUUAUGCACUAGUGUUCAGCCAUUGUGGAGUUGAUUUUGCCGGACCUUUCAGUACUAAACCCUCAGUUGGACGUUCAAGAAUUAUGUACAAAACAUAUUUAGCUCUCUUCAUUUGCCUGACCACCAAGGCUGUACACCUAGAAGUGACUUUUCAGCCGAUACCUUCAUCGCCACACUGA